CAAGUCAUAUAUAAUGAUCAAUUAAGUCUCAUUGGCAAAUCAAACUCGCAGAGAAAAGUCUUCUUACCUUUAAUAUUCAUCAGAAAAGAUGAUGCAAUCUGAGCUUCUUCCGCCCUUCUGGCCAUACCAAAAUGUAAUCAACUCACCUUUGGACCAAUUUGAAUACAACGACGUCAACGUGGGAAGCUCUGACUUCUCUUCUCCGUUCAUGGCCUCCGAUGAAUUUUCCGAAACUUCUUCAUUUCCCUUUGCAACCAUGUUCUCUGGUGACUUUGAACUUGCAGAUUGUGAUCAUCUCCUGCAAGUCACAUCAUCAGUGGAGGAAUUUCCAAUGGACUUCGGAGGGUUUGAGCCUAAUUAUUUGAUUGGUGGUAUAGAAGGCAUGUAUGCCUGUUUGGAAAGGAGUGAGGGGAGCACCCUUCCAUCACAGCAAUUUUCUAUUGAAGGAAAUGAUGUGUGGAGCCCUAACUCAUUAAUGACAUCUGAAGCAUCAUCUAUGGAUGUGACCUCUAUCCAACAAUCACUGACCCUGCCUCGGGAAGAGAUGGAAAUCGAUAACGAAUUGAGUAUUCGUCAUCUGCUCAAGGCGUACGGCGAAGCCAUGGAGAUGAGACAGAGGGAGCUGGAGGAGGUAAUCCUGAGAUGCCUUAGUGAGAAAGUCAACCCACUUGGUCAAUCUUUGGAGCGCCUUGCAUUCAACUUAUGCCAAGAAGUUGAUGAUCAGCAAGGCGAUUAUCUGAAACAAGAAUCCUGCAAGAAUUUCGAGGCUGCAUUGAACCUGUUCUACCAAAGCAUCCCCGAUGGGAGGUUUGCGCACUAUGCAGCAAACACAGCGAUCCUCGAGGCUAUCCCGGAGGAUGCAGAGACAGUUCACAUAGUGGACUUUGACAUGGGAGAAGGGGUUCAAUUGUCUCAGCUGAUUGAGGCCGUGGCACAGAGACACAAAACUCUAAAAGUCACAGCAAUUAAAUGGGAUGUGGAAGAGACUGAAGACGGUGCUCCUCCACAGUGGAGAUUUGAGGAGACAAAAAGGCAACUGCAGCAUCAUGCAAGAUCUUUUGGCCUAAACUUGAAAGUGGAGGAGAUAGCAAUUAAGGAUUUGGUGAGUGAAGUAAAGAAAGCAAACAAGAGGGGUGGAGGCAGAGAAUUUCUAGCAUUCAACUGUAUGGUGGGGCUGCCCCACAUGAGGAGAAGAAGAAGCAGAGGGCUUAUCUUGGAGUUUCUACGGCUAGCCAAGGAUUUGUUAGCCAGUUCUGCCAACUACAAGACUAGUAACAGAGGGAUUAUAACUUUUGGUGAUGGAGAUGCUUGUGCAAAACUUGGGAACGGUUCGAGUUUCAGUUCAUUCUUUGAUGGGUAUCUGGCUCAUUACCAAGCCUUGUUAGAGUCUAUCGAGUCGAAUUUCCCGAGUCAUCUAGCAGAAGCAAGAAUGGUGAUAGAGCUGAUGUUUGUGGCACCUUAUGUCUCUUCUCAGGCUUUGUUCCAGAAGUGGAACGAAGUAAGAGAAGAGUGCCAUCUUCAACCGUGGUUUGGGCUGGAGGGUAAGAGACUGAGCAGAGAAAGUCUGAUGGAAGCCAAAGAAAUGGUGGGAGAAAGCUCAUAUGGAGUAAGAAUUGGACAGAACGGAAAUGAAAUGGACUUGGAAUGGGAAGGAACUCCUUUGGUUAGAGUGUCAACCUGGACAACCCAAAGCUAGCAGAAAGCAGAUCAUUUUUUUCUUUCUUUAAAUCUAUUUUCAAAUUUAUUCCAGCAAAUGUGUACACUAUGCUGAACAUACCAUAAGAUAUUUCGUACAGAUUGAUUA